AUGAUACAUAAUACAUUACAAAACACGACGAAAUAUUUGCGCCUCAUCAAUUUAAAAGCUGCUCUUAACACCGUCAAAGAAUGUUUGCCUCCACCCAAAUCUCAUCUUCCUACAACCAAAAUAGAUUUAUUGUCAAAGGCGAAGGCAAUGAGCUUCAACCCCCGUAGUAUCAAUUUUGACAUAAGCAACAAUCAAAAUGAUAAAAGAAAACAGGAUCCACUAUCCUACAUUCCCAUAGUGAAUCCUAGAUCAAUUCUGCCUUUAAUUGAUUCUAACUGGAGAAAGGAUGAAAUUGGUCUGCCUGCUAUUGAACAAGAGGAAAAGCAAGCUGUUAGAUUGAUAGUUAUUAGAAGGAAGAAAAUGAAGAAACAUCAGAGGAGGAAGCUGUGGAAGAGAAUGAGGCACCGUUGGGCUAGGGUAAAGAAGAACCGUCGGAUAAAGAAAGAGAAAAUAUUUCAAAAUGAACUCUUGUCUAUGGUUAAGCAAGCAAAUGAGUUUUCCGCAGAAAUGUAUGUAAAGGGAAAGCUAGAUAAAGCUAAUCAUACACCAUUGCCUACACGCUGGAGACAUAAACGUUUGCCCGAGUUUAUCAUUAGACAGCUAAUGGGCAUAGACAAAAAGAUUAAUUAUAAGCAUACCGAUGUUUAUAAAGCA